UGGCUUAUCCAAUCCUUGAGGUUGAGGAUCAACUUGGUCUCUUCCCAAUUCUCACUGGUCCUCAUCGAUCCUCUCUCUCUCUCUCUCUCUCUCUCUCUCCCUUAUCUCCCCCUCUUCUCCUCCUAUUCCCUCUUGAAAACCUAGAUCCAAUGGCGACCUUGCUCUUCUGCUGCUCUUCCUCUCCUAAACCAUAUCUCUCAUCGACCACCACCGGCUUCCGUAGCCGCCGAGCAACCCUCCCCACCUGCUGCUCCUCGACUAAGCCACCUCAGUUCAAUCUUCAAGACAAGAAAUUGAGCAAAUUUGGGUUGAAGGAGUGUGCUUUUUCGAUUGCUUUGGCGAUUGGAUUGGUUACGAGUGCUGUGGAGCUGAAUCUAUCGGCUAUUGCUUCGCCUUUUGGCGGUCCUGUGUUGCCGGACGUGUCCGUGCUGAUAUCCGGGCCUCCUAUCAAGGAUCCCAAUGCAUUGCUGAGAUAUGCGUUGCCGAUUGAUAACAAAGCUAUAAGGGAGGUUCAGAAGCCUCUUGAGGAUAUCACUGAUAGUCUCAAGGUUUCUGGGGUCAAGUCAUUGGAUUUGGUUGAGAGAAACUUGAGGCAGGCAUCUCGUUCACUAGCCCAAGGUAAAACUAUGAUUUUGUCUGGUAUAGCUGAAUCAAAGAAAGAACAUGGAAAGGAGUUGCUUGAUAAACUUGAAAAUGGUAUGGAUGAGCUCCAAAAUAUUGUAGAGGAAAGGAAUAGAGAUGCAGUGGCACCAAAGCAAAAGGAACUCUUGCAGUAUGUUGGCAGUGUUGAAGAGGAUAUGGUGGAUGGUUUUCCAUACGAAAUUCCUGAAGAAUAUAGCAAUAUGCCUAUUUUGAAGGGGAGAGCAAUAGUGGACAUGAAGGUUAAGGUUAAGGACAACCCUAACGUACAGGACUGUGUAUUUCGCAUAGUUUUGGAUGGGUACAAUGCCCCAGUAACAGCUGGCAAUUUUGUAGAUCUAGUGGAAAGACACUUCUAUGACGGCAUGGAAAUCCAAAGAGCUGAUGGCUUCGUAGUUCAAACCGGAGAUCCUGAUGGACCUGCAGAUGGUUUCAUUGAUCCCAGUACAGAAAAAAUAAGAACAAUUCCACUGGAAAUCAUGGUCCUUGGAGCAAAGGCACCUGAAUAUGGUUCAACAUUGGAAGAGCUAGGUCUUUACAAAUCUCAAACACGGCUUCCAUUUAACGCAUUCGGAACGAUGGCAAUGGCAAGAGAUGAAUUUGCGAACAAUUCUGCUUCUAGCCAAGUGUUUUGGCUUUUGAAGGAAAGUGAACUCACUCCGAGCAAUGCUAACAUAUUGGAUGGCCGAUAUGCCGUCUUCGGCUAUGUGACAGAGAAUGAGGAUUAUUUAGCAGAUCUCAAGGUGGGAGAUGUCAUAGAAUCAAUUCAAGUUGUUUCUGGCCUUGAUAACCUUGUUAAUCCCACCUAUAAGAUUGCAGGUUAGGAAGAUUGAUUGAUUUAUCAUCAUCUGUUUGUAAUUGAAAGUGUCCAUGUCCAUUUUGGACUAGGACUUUCUUCAACCUCUGCUGGUCAUUCAUUGAGCUUCAGAGUUACCAAAUAUGAGAAAACAGAGGGUCUGUUUCUUUAUUAUUUUUUUUUAUUUAUUUAUUUCAAACGACAUUUCCUUUGUUGA